GACGACGACGACGACGACGACGACUACGAUGGUAAUGGCGAUGACGAUGACGAUGAUGGAUCGGGCGGCAUCAGCUGCGAGAAAGCGAGAUUUUUCCGGUGAAAAUAAUUUCCGAUGAAAUCUUUACGAUCCCAAAGGUCUCGGAAAGAUCUUUUUCGAGUUCUCGAAAAAGGGAAUAUCGAACGUCGAACGUCGAACGUCGUGCGACGUAUUAUUCGUUUUUUCUUUCUCUCUUUUUCUUUCUUUGAAAAGCGUCCCGAAGGCUGUUGGAAGGCUCGUCGUGUUAUUUUUGAAACCCACGCGAGAUUCGAAUUAAGAAGGGAAGUGAUUUUUCUUGUGAGAAGUGCUUACAAGUGUACGUUUUUAAUUAAUCGAACGAGAAGCAGUGAACCUUGAGACGAUGAGAAUAAUUAAUAUUUAUUUAGUGAGAACGAACGAUACGCGUGCGUCUACGUCGAAAUAAACUCGAGGAGAUGAGAAAAUAAGGAUUUGUCUUCUCUAAGGAAGAAGGAUUUCGUCGAAGCAUUUGGGUUCUUCUUCUUCUUCCUUAUUCCGUGCAAACGACUUGGGAGGAUCGACUCGGACAAAUCGACGUGUUCUCCCAGAGAGUUAUCUGUACCGGGAAGAGAAAGAAGGAAAGAGAAAGAAAGAGGGAGAGAGAGAGAGAGAGAGAGAAGGAAGAGAGGGAGAAAGUCUUCGACCUCGAAAAGGAAGGAAGCAAUGGAACGGUUUUUUGCGAGAGCACGUUAGAGAGCGAACGAGAAGAGAAAAGGAGAGAAAAUAUCAUUUUCUCGAGAAUGGAGUUUCAUGGUGGCGUCGGUAGGGUACCGGUAAAUCCCUCGUAUCAUCGUCGUCAUCGUCGGCAUCGUCAUCUUCUCGGUUUCGCGAAAAAGGAAGAUUCUGAUCGCGAAGUGGCCGAGUCGAAUUAAGAUGCGAGAAUUGAACGCCAGUGCAUGCACUGCUUUGUACGAGGGCGUAGAGUGGUCCGGCCCAUGGAUCCUGCUCACCCUGAUCACUCUGGCGAUCGUCAACGUGAUGGUCGUGCUCGGUAACGUCCUCGUUAUACUCGCCGUCUAUUACACGAGCAAGCUCAGAAACGUGACGAACAUGUUCAUCGUCAGUCUUGCUGUAGCCGAUCUCUUGGUCGGACUCGCCGUUCUUCCUUUCAGUGCCACUUGGGAAGUCUUCAAGGUCUGGAUAUUCGGUGAUCUAUGGUGUUCGGUUUGGCUAGCCGUCGACGUUUGGAUGUGCACCGCGUCGAUACUGAACCUUUGUGCAAUCAGUCUCGACAGAUAUCUGGCGGUGACCAGACCCGUCAGUUAUCCCCAGUUGAUGUCUCCGAAACGAGCAAGGCUUCUGGUCGCUACAGUCUGGGUUCUGAGCUUCGUCAUCUGUUUUCCACCCCUGGUGGGUUGGAAAGAUAAACGGUCUCAUCCUACGCACAACGUGACGUUUACGCAGAACGGCCCCUUCAACACUACCACCAUCAUAGUGCCGGUGAAACCGUGUCCGUGGAUCUGCGAGUUGACCAAUGACGCCGGAUACGUCGUUUACAGUGCUCUAGGCUCCUUCUACAUACCGAUGUUAGUAAUGCUCUUUUUCUACUGGAGAAUCUACAACGCAGCCGUUUCCACAACGAAAGCCAUCAAUCAGGGCUUUCGUACCACAAAGGGUUCCAAAAUGCUCGGAUCGAGAUUCGACGAACAGAGAUUAACGUUGAGGAUACAUCGAGGACGCGGAAGCGUUCACAACGGUAGUAACAACGGUAGCCCAAGAAGCCCGGAUUAUUCUACUCGCAGUUCCGUCAGAAAGGAAAAGAUCAAGAUCUCGGUAUCGUAUCCGAGCACAGAAACGUUAAACACGAAGUGCAACACUCUCGAGAGGACUCCUUCGAGAUGUUCUCAAGUUUCCGUGCAUUAUAGUAACGGACAAACGCAGACUCAGCUGUGUUCGAGUUCGAGGAGUACGCAUUUGAAGGUCGGCGGUAUAAACAGAGUAGGCAGUAUGAGGAGACCCAGCAGAAGGAGUAGCUGCGAGAGUCAGUUGACGGGUGACGAGGUAACGCUACGGGAACUAGCUCAGGGCCAAGAGGAGAAGCCUAGGAUGAUGAAGAUGGGUAAACGAAAUAUAAAGGCACAGGUGAAGAGAUUUCGAAUGGAGACAAAAGCGGCAAAGACCUUGGGUAUCAUAGUCGGUGGCUUCAUACUCUGCUGGCUGCCAUUCUUCACGAUGUAUCUCCUACGUGCGUUCUGCCCGAAUUGCAUCCAUCCAACCGUCUUCAGCGUACUAUUUUGGCUAGGAUAUUGCAACUCCGCGAUAAAUCCUUGCAUCUACGCGCUCUUCAGCAAGGACUUUCGCUCGGCCUUCAAGCGAAUAAUCUGCAGGUGCUUCUGCAAACAGCGAGCCAACACGUUACGGCGCGGUAGCGACGGCAGCCAAUUGGCGAUGAGGUGGGAGGAACAAAGUUACAAGAAGCGAGAGAAGUCCAAGUUGUACAAUGCGUGUGCAGCAGCAGGGCGUUUCCAUGGACGACUCCGACCAGGAUCCCGGAUCAGAACCGACUGUACAUUCGACGAGCGAGUCCAGAUGACUCUAGCCGGUCGGAGCUGGUGCGCACCGCGUCACCUUUGACCGCAGAACUUCGACGAUCAGGAUACGUUCGUCCUACAGAGCUUGAGACCCUUCUCUUUCUCUUUUUCUCUUUCUAUCUCUUUCUUUCUCUCUCUCUCUCUCUCUCUCUCUCUCUCUCUCUCUCUCUCUCUCCAUCUCCAUCUCUAUCUCUAUCGCUAUCUCUCAUUAUUUCUCACUCUUUCAUUCCGUCUCUUUGUCCCAAAAAAAGGAUUCGUUUAAACGCAAAUUUAAACGACGCGAACACAACGACGAUUGUGGACGAGAUAGCAACUUGAAUAAUGAGAUAAUGAUCGACGAUUGAAUACUACGCGCGCGAAUAAUGUAAUUAGUCGAGAUCAUGAGAAAAAGGGAGAGGAGAAGUAGUAAAAGGAGGAGGAAGAGAAAGAGGAGGAUGAGGGGGAGGAGGAGGAGAAGACGGGCAAGUGUCCUAAAAUACGCGUUGACAUUAGAUAUCGUAAGUAUUAUUAUAAAUGAUUAUUAUGUCGUCAUCUGAAGUUUUCGAAUCGUGACGAAGGAAUUCUAUGGAGACAUUGAUGAUAGGUAUAUAACCGCGCACAUACACGUGUUGUACAUAUCACAAAAUAUUUCGUGUAUACACGGUGAGAUAAUGUUAAGUAAGAUUAAGUCAAAAGUCGACAGUCGUUAAUCUUCUCUACGUCUAAAUGGUGUUCGUUGAAUCGUGCAAAUCGUGUGUUCCCUUCGCUCCGCGUUUCUCCAGCCGAUAUACAUACGUACAUACAUUCAUUCGUACAUACAUACAUACAUACAUACAUACAUAUAUACGUACAUAAAUACUUACUUUUGUUAUAUCUUCUUUUUCUUUUCUCGUCCACGUUUUUCGCAUCGAUAGAUAUUUCCUUUUUUGCGGAAGAAAAAGAGAAAGGAAGAAGGAAAUAAAAGAAAGUCCUCACGCUUAAGAGAAAAUCACUUGCGAUUCUUUUCGGCCGAUUGCGUAUUAUGCAAAAGGAGAAGAAAAGCGGCUAGAAAAGUUAGCAGCGAAUAUAAUAUGCGCGAUUAAUGUAUUAUGUGAUAUACCGUUAUGAAUAACGUUACGAACGAAUGCAAAUAAACAAUGUGAAUACGUGCGAAUAAAGUUCCGAGUCCAUUGA